UGGUAUAGACCGAACAUAAGUUAUGGAAAGCCAUUAGUAGAGUAUUUUUUAUUAUGAUGGCAUCGCCAAGCAAAGUGGAUCUUGAAUACUGUCAACAACUGCCUAAAGUCGAGUUACAUGCCCACAUCAAUGGAAGCAUAAGUCCAUCUACAUUACAGAAGCUAGCAGUGAAAACCAACUCCUCCUCAGAUAAAAGCGUGAAGGAAACCUUGAAUGAAAUACACAGAUGGAGAACCUUGGUGGAAAAGCGGGAAAGACAGACAAUGAAUGGGUGUUUCCAAACAUUCAAGCUUAUCCAUAGAGUCAUCAAAGACGUUAAGGCUGUUUCCAUGGUAACCUAUGAUGUCAUCAAGGAGUUUGCCAGUGAUGGUGUAAAGUACCUUGAACUCCGAAGCACACCUAGGGAUGAUGCUACAAAUGGAAUGACCAAGAGGCUGUAUAUUGACGCUGUGAUGAAGGGAAUAGAAUUAUGCGAGCUCGACGGUAUUGACACAAUAGUGAAGUUUCUACCAUCCAUUGAUAGGAGAAUGAGUCUAGAGGAAGCAGGAGAGGUGGUCAGUCUUGCAUUGGAGUAUCAAGCUUCAACAGACAAGUGUGUAGGAUUAGACCUCAGCGGAGAUCCACAGUUUGGUGAUGUCAAGGCACUAGUACCACUCCUUCAGAGGGCCAGAAAUCAUGGGUUAAAGUUGGCCAUUCAUACUGCCGAGCACCAAGGCUGUAACGAAGAAAGUCGGAUUCUCUUGGGGAUCCCGCCAGAUCGCAUCGGACACGGGACAUGCCUUCACCCCGAGGCUGGAGGGGAUCAAGACCUGGUAGAUACCGUUGUACGCUCCAAUAUACCCAUAGAAAUGUGCUUAACGUCGAAUCUUAUUGGAGGAGCUGUGGAGAGCCCUGCUUCUCAUCAUUUGAAGUACUGGAUGAACAAGAAUCAUCCUUGUGUUAUAUGUACGGAUGAUAAAGGUGUGUUCUCGACCAAUCUCUCCGAAGAGUACUUGCUGGCUGCCGACACCUUCAACCUCUCCCGCCAUGAUGUCUGGGACAUGUCUGAAGGGGCAGUCGACUGUAUUUUUGGUGGAGAGACUAUUAAAGGACUAUUGCGGACCAUAUGGGCCAAAGAGAAAAUCAAACUUGGAUUGGGAGAGGCGGGAGUGCUUAACGGAGAAAGCCUUUAAAUUGUAUUUUGUGUGUAAACAGAGUAACCAAGAGAAUGUAAUUGGAAAUGGUAGAUGAAAGAAAUUCUGCUUGUUAGAAAUUGAGUAAAUGAUUUAGGUUUCCUUCAAAAAUGAGGAGAGUUGUUUGAUGUCACAGGAACACUAAGGUGACGUCACGCUAUAUCAGUAUCAGUAUUAUUAUAUGAGUAGUCUACAUCAGCCCGCUCAAGACAAACGGGGUUAAGCGGAUUUAUACACACCCGCAGUUAACCAGCGAAAUCAAAGGCGUAGAUUCCAAGCUAGGAAAAAAUGACUUGACCAAACCGAUGUGUACCCCAUUGAACAACCAGACCAGGAUAUAUGCAGAUCGGUUUGCAACAUCGAAUAUUAUUUUAUUUGUUAAAAGGACGAUGGAGGUGGACCAUUUAUCAUAAUGAAAACAACUGUAAGGUUAAUAUAGCCCUGGAGGAAAAAUUGAACGUCUCUCUCUCUCCCCUUAUUUUGUCGGGAGCGGAGGAGGAAAUAAAUGGAAGGGAAAAAUAGGUCGCCUUGAUUAAAAAUCAAAGCCUGAUGAAGAUGUAUAUCUGGGAUUAUAUUCCGGGCUUAGGGGAUAUUAAAUGAUUUAUAUGGAUGGAUAUGGAGAGUGAUUGAACCCGACUGAAAAGU